GCCGUGCCGUGCCUUACCAAGCCCAGCCGUGCCGAGCCGAGCCGUGCCAAGCCAAGCCGAGCCGUGCCAAAGCAGCGCUCCCAGCCGCCGCGCAUGGCCCCCCGCGGGUAGCCGCUCUCCGGACGGGGUGGAUGCUUGAGAGUGGAGGAUAAGGUACAAGUGUCUGGGACCGGUGGAAUGGAGGCCUGAUGUAGAUGGAAAGAUGGAUGAAGAAGAAGCUCUGAAUUCUAUUAUGAAGGAUUUGGCAGCGUUGGGCAAAUGUGGGGGGCUGCUGGACAACAACAGGAAUAAAAACAGCGUCCACUCCAGCAAACAGCAGCGAAAUGUCAGGAUCAAGUUUGAAUAUGAAGGAGAGAAAAGGAUUAUCCAGUUUCCAAGACCAGUCAAAUUCAAAGAAGUGGUGCAGAAAGUCACGGAUGCUUUCGGACAGACGAUGGACUUAGUCUGUGUGAACAAUGAGCUCCUGAUCCCCCUGAAAUCUCAGGAAGACUUGGACAAAGCGCUGGAACAGUUGGAGCUGAGCCCUUCCCUGAAGAGCCUGCGGAUCCUUGUGAGCGCUCCAAAGAAAGCGAAUCUCCUCCAGCCGAACAACAGCAAACAGCACGAGAUGAGGAUCUCCAGAUCCAUGGGGGAUAUCAUGGGAUCCCUGUACAAGGACUCCGAGAGGACGCGGAAGUACUCAACAGGCUCUCUGCACACUGGCCGGAGCUCUCCGCCCCCGGGCAGCGUUCCUGAAGAGCAGCAGCAGAUCGCUCGCCAGGGAUCCUACACCAGCAUCAACAGCGAGGGCGAGUUCAUCCCCGAGACCAUGGAUCAGAACAUGCUUGAAGCUUUCAUCAGCCCCGACGGGUCGCUGUCUGGGAGCUGCCAGUCUCUGGACAGGUCUGUGGACAGCCCUCCCUUUACCCAAACCCCUGUUCCUGGAAGGAAGAGCCAUCCCAAAGACGGUCUUGACUGCAUGGAAUUUGACAUCCCGUUCUGCGAAAGGUUUGGGAAAGGGGGCACCUUCCCCAGGCAGUACCACCUCUCCCAGAGUCGCAAGGACUACAGCGACGGCCGGAGGACUUUCCCCAGGAGUUACUUCCCACAGGAAAACCUGUUCCAGCUGGUCCCUUCCAGCCGAACCAAGAGCUUUAAUGGGGACAGCAAGCUCAGCACCCUGCAGUAUGAUGAGUACAGGCCCAAAUGGUGGAACAAUUGUGAAAAAGGUCUGCAGGUCUUCAGCACCUCCCCUACAAAAGCUAGGAACUCCCUGCAGGCACCAGUGAACUGGAGGUUGGGGAAGCUGCUUGGAAGAGGAGCUUUUGGGGAAGUUUACCUCUGCUAUGAUGCUGACACUGGCCGAGAGCUGUCGGUGAAGCAGGUGCCAUUUGACCCUGACAGUCAAGAGACAAGUAAAGAGGUGAAUGCUUUGGAGUGUGAGAUUCAGCUGCUGAAGACUCUCCGCCACGACAGGAUAGUGCAGUACUAUGGGUGUUUGCGGGAUCCCGAGGAGAGGAAGCUGUCUAUCUUUGUUGAAUACAUGCCAGGGGGUUCAAUAAAGGACCAGCUGAAAGCGUACGGUGCUCUGACGGAGAACGUCACUCGGAAGUACACCAGGCAGAUCUUGCAGGGAGUCUUCUACUUGCACAGCAAUAUGAUUGUCCACAGGGACAUUAAAGGAGCCAAUAUUUUGAGAGAUUCUGCUGGAAAUGUGAAACUUGGAGAUUUUGGGGCCAGCAAACGUAUCCAGACCAUCUGCAUGUCUGGGACCGGGAUUAAAUCUGUCACGGGAACGCCGUACUGGAUGAGCCCAGAGGUUAUCAGCGGAGAAGGCUACGGAAGGAAAGCUGACGUGUGGAGCGUGGCCUGCACCGUGGUGGAGAUGCUAACGGAGAAGCCGCCGUGGGCGGAGUUCGAAGCCAUGGCGGCGAUUUUUAAGAUCGCCACGCAGCCCACCAACCCCCAGCUCCCCGACGGCGUCUCCAACUCCUGCCGCAACUUCCUCAAGCAGAUCUUCGUGGAGGAGAAGCGGAGGCCGACGGCCGAGGACCUGCUGAGGCACCCCUUCGUCAACUGCGGGCUCUGAGCCCCGGGCGGCGGCUUGGGGAAACGCCGGUGGGACGGGGGGGCGGCCGCCAGACCCGCGGCCCUUUUUGCACCCCGCGGUUCACACCUCAGCCCCGGGCUCGUCCUGCUUGGUGGCCCCCCGGGUCCCUUCUCGCUCGUCACCAGCUCGGUGGCUGCCGCCUUGUGGGAUUUUUGAAGGCACGCUCGGGACCGUUGGAGGCUGGAGACGCAGGCCACCGCCGGGAUUUGGGGACGAGGGCUUCCCCGGAGCGCUGGCCUCGGGGCGAGCACCCUCCUCGUCCCCGGGACCAGUGGAGGAAUAAGAUGCUGGGUGCUCAUCACCGCUCCCCGCAGAGGAACAGGCGCCAGGCUUCGGCCCAGCUGGAGAUGAUCCUCAGACCGCGGAGUCGGGGGGGACCCGGUGUCCCCGUUCACGAGGGGAAGGGAACCCUUUGGAGGUGGCAGCGCCAGGCAGCCCCGCCAGAGGGGCGGCGUUCGCUCCUGUCCUGUGCCUUAAGCGGUUACAAUCGCGGAGUGACGCCCGACUCGGCGCCUGGCAGGGAGUCGGGCACAUUUAUGCAGACGUCUUGCCUUUGUGUGUGUGCGUGCGUGUGCGUGUGGAGCAGGAGGAGCACAGCUGGGCCUCCGCACGACCCGGCCCGGUUCCUAAAAUCAGGCAGAGAGGACCUGCGGGACUGCACGAGCAUGAAGCCGCAGCCUGGGGCCGCAGGGCUGCGUAGAUCGCGUGCAGCUGGGCUUCCUUCUGCAAUGUUUCGGAAGUUGUAGGAGAAAUUGGGAAAGCUUAAAGCAUUGCUGGGCUACGGCCUCUGACCAACACUACUACCCUGUGGGGAGCAAGCGGAGAGGCCCUGGGAAUGAAUUUAUCAGAUCUUGGUGAUUUUGGACAAAUUAAUUGCAUCGCCCCAUCUCCUGCUUCCGUGCUGCAUUAGCUGUUUCCACCCGGCUCAGCGAAGGUUAAACAAGCAGUUCCCAGGGCGGUGCCAGCUUCAGGCCACCGUGUCAAACACAGGUUUAUUUUAUUUUAUUUUAUUUUAUUUUUCACUGAAAAUGAAAAGGGUUGCUUGGAGCGAAGGGGAAAUGGAGAAAGGGGCUGGUUGUGUGACUUUGCACAUCCUUGAAUUCUGCCGGGCGGAAGAGAUCGAGCCGUGCUGUGGCUGCAGCUCCAGAGAGAGAGGCAAAAACCAGAGUUAUUUCAGUUAAAGAAAAAAAGACUGGGGCUGUUUGGGCAAAUUAAAUAGCUAGAAGGGUUCCCUGUAAAUGUGUCCACGGAGCUGCCGAGGCCGGCACCUACCCGAGCUUUGUGCCUGGCCACCAGGGCGGUGGAUGCCGGCUCUCCGGGCUGCCCCUCCGCAGGGGGGGAAUAGUCGCCUCCUUCCUCUAGGGGAAAGAAAGGAUUUUAUUCUGUGAAUAGGACCAAAUCCAUCACUCUGGUUGGUUCUAGAGGAUGGAUUAAAAAAAAAAACACAAGAAAAAACGUGUUGGCAAAUAAGGGGUUGUCAGAAGAGACGAACAAAAAGGGUGUUUCAGUAAAGCUAGAAGUGUUUUUAUGCUGUUUUCUCCCCUUUCACCGACCCUGUUCAGCUUUGAUUUUUCACCCCUUAGGGGUGGAUGUGAGCUGUUAUUUUCUCCAAAGACUCAAGAACAAAAGUGGGGCCCAGCCGCGCUGCCCGAGCGCUGGGGGAGGCUACGGGGGACCCUCCGCAACGCUCCCUGGGGCCUCGUCAGCCCCACAAAGCACCCCAAAAAGCCUCCCUGGGACAGCCUGGUCCCCUGGCUCAUGGGUGAGUGUGUUUGUAUGUGUGUGUGUACAUGUGUGUGUGUGUACGUGUGUGUGUACAUGGGCGUGUGUGUACAGGGGUGUGCGUGCAAGGCUGCGUGUGAGUGCGCGCGUGUGAGUGCGACUUGCUCCUCAGGUGCCUUUGCCUUUGUGUUUUUUUUUAAACCCUCGCAGUGUUCUGAUGUACAAAAUGAAAACUAGAAGAGAAUGUAAUAUUAUGCCAUGUAAAUUUCCUUUUUUUUGUUUUUUUUUUUUAUAUAUGUAUAUUUUAUUUUGUCCAGCGCACCCGGGGGAGCGGGGCGGCCCUGCUGGGGCCAUGUCCCCGCUCUGCGUGCGGUGUCGCCGUGUGUAUCCCAGAGAAACGUUUUCCUUCCAUUGGAAAAA